AUGAAAAAGGGCUGCAGGGCCACAGAAUCCACUGAAGGUAGUUCUGUGGGAACCUCCCUUCAACAUUUCGCUGAAGUCAUCAUCGGCAAAGUUAAUCAGCAGUCAGUAACUCAGAAAUCGGGUUUGCCAGUUCAGCCUGACAUCAGCAUGGCGAAACUUUCGCUGGAACCGACCACUCAGCACAAACUGCUUAGCAUGGAGGCAUUUGUGCGCAAGACAGCACAGCCGGAGGCACCAGAGCUGAUAGAGGCAGUGUCUGGUAAAAAUCUUGCUAACAUGAAGCAAAAUACACCCUUAGAAGCUGACCGGCCUUCUCUGAACCAGACCACAGAAAGCACCAUCAGUGAAAUGAAGUCACAAGAAGAGAUCACGCCUGCGGAGCAGUCGUCGCUGAAGACUACAGUCACAGAGAGCAGCGCUGACGAUGCAAAGUACGGCACUGACAGGAUAGGCGGGAAAACACCAAAGCCGAUACAAGUCAGCGUGCCUCAAGACUAUCGCGGCUGGGUCCCUAUAGGGGCCGCUUACGCUGCACAAAGACCGCCCAAGAAUGGGGCAUCUUUAGGGCUAACCGAACUGGUCGGAAAUACCAGCGGAGCGAGGGACAUUUCGAUGACGUUCUCGGAUGGCGGUGGUAUCCAAAGCGUGCUCCGAAAGAAGCCCUCGGUGUCGUCCACUCUGUCAGAGACUACACCAUCGCUUUCAGCGCAAAAGCCGUACCAGGAGUACAUGGCGAAGCAGCUUCAGCCUGUAGUGCACUUUGCCGAGAGACCAUUUGCGGAAGUUCUCGCCAGUAUGGAGAGCGAGAUAACCAGCAUGUUCCUAGAUGACGUGACAACUGGCGUUCAGGGCCCCGAAAAAGGACUGGACAAGUCGUCUCCAAGCAGCGCUCCGCAAAGCUCGACCCAGUCGACCAUGAAUGAUGAGAAGCUCGAUCAAGCAGCCAUCGAGAGUUCGUCAAAAGGAGCCUCUGAAACGGACUCCAGUAGAGCGGUUGCCAGCGGAGACGUAGCCGAGACAUCGGGCCGCGUCGCAUCCACUGCAGCCCGGCCAGUCGGCAAGAUCCCGGUUUCGUCCAAGGCAGUGACGACGUCGACUUCGAACGAGAGCGACCAGGCGUCCAAGGAGGCUCCUAGGGCGCUGCUCACCUUCUGCGACUCGGACGAGGGCUCGAUGCCACCGUCCGAGUCCAUGUCGCUUUCGUUCGUCUCCUCCAACUCCAGCUGCAACGCGGUGCACCGCCUAACCGAUCUGGUCGACCUUCGAAGGUUGCAGCACAGUGCGGCGGCGGCAACUCACGAGACGGGUGACGGCGGCGUCGUGCUAGGCAUGCCGCUACCCUGGCUGACGUCCUCGUCGGCGGCGCAGAUGGAGAGCUCGCGGCAACCCGCGUCAUCGUUGACGGAGUGCGGCGCUCAGGCUCUGCUACUGACGGAGCCAGCGGGUCGCUCUGGCUGGCCUCAGCUCAGGAAGACUCGGAGACGCGACGUUGGUCACCGCGUGUCUACGGACCGUCCAUGGACGGAGGACGUCAAGAAGGUUGUAAUGCUGGGCAACAAGCACUACCUGCAUCAGCACGCGGGCCGCCGUCCCAUGGCGAAGUCGGCGACCACCUUUGACGAGACGCAGUGUGUGCUCUUCAAGAUCGAGGACCAUGUGCAGCCCGAUACGAUGGCUUCACCGGUGGCCCGCAAUGCUCCGCACAGCAUGAGCAUGUCUUGCGAGCUGACUCGGGAAAGCUGCGAGUCCACACUGGAGCUGUUGCUCCAGCAGAGCACCUUUUCCUCGGGAAGGGACGCCGACACGCUGAUGUCUGACGAUAACAAUUUCAAGCAGCCGCUUAGGCUGAGUGACUUGAUCUUGCUGCAGCACCCAGAGGUUGGCCUCAGGAACAUUAUUUUAGUCGACUUUUCUAAGACUUCCGACGCACUUUCCUCGGCCGCGGCUGCGCCUGCCGAGGGCGGAGUAAAGCGCCAAGGUGUAGUGCUGGAAGCUCAGCCCGAGGACAAGCAGGCGCCGGAUUUGAUCACCAACCACAAAUCCCGUGCCAAUGAGCCGAUGUCCGAGGAGAGGCGUCUGACGGCAGCUGCAGUCGGGAUUUGGCGAGAGCCAUUUCUUGCUGCAACGGUGGCAGGAAAUAAAGACUCGGACGCUCUCCGGAAGCCCCAGCGUCCGAGCCUCACCAAGUCGGCAGCCAAGGCCACCGACCACGAGCGCCGGCUGGAGCAAGGAAGUGAGGGUGCGAGAAGGGGGGCCGCGAAAGCAGCAGCGGCCAGGGCGACGAAGCCGAAGGUUCAUUUCGCCCCGCCGCUGGCUUCGCAACACGUCGUCUUUCUGCCCGAUUGCGCCGUGGCCAUACGUCUUCCAAGUGGCGUGAUCCGGAGCGUUCAUCCGGGGCAACAAGCCUUCGGCACUGCCUCACCGCAAGGCAGAGGGGCGAUGAGGGCCGACCACAGGACUCCGCAGCUUCUGCUGUCCACGGCCCUGGACGAACCCAGCUUCGAGUCCAUCUACAACGCCAUCUUGCAGCCGCCGCCCCGAGCUACCGCCGCUCUGGAGCCUAUUGCACCGGGAGACGUUCCGAGCCCUAGAAGGGCGACUUCAUCGACACGGGCAGUCUCGUUCGACGACUCGCUCACCACCGUGGUGCCCCUGGAGCCGCCACCAGAGUCGUUAACGUACGACGUCGCCGACGCGACGGCGGGGUCCGAGCCGGAGGCGCCUUCGCAGUGGCGCAGGGCGAGGCGCCGCUCUAGCCUCUGCCGCUCCUUGUCCGGCUCGCGUCUGCAGGCGCCGCCGGCGAGCCUCGGCAUCGAAGGUGCCAAAGUCGCGUGCGGCACAGCCCGCAAGACGAUUAGGUUCGGCGGCUCUGGCCAGCUGGCCCCUGCGCUGGCUCGCCCUGGUGCCGCCAAGGACGCUGGCGCGGAAGGCGCGUUCCCAUCAUGCGGCGGCAGUGGUAGGCGCGACACCCCGACUCCGCUGAUGUCGCCUUUCUAUUCGUUCGAGGACACCGGCUCCGAGCUAUCCUUCCUGCCGGAGUCGAGCAAUUUCGACAGGUCAGGGUCGGCCGCGGCCUCGCAGCGCAGCAACGACCACAAGCAUUGCGACGAAGCCGAUGCCCCGCGGCCUGCAUGAACCGCGCCUGUGCGGUGCCAAUCAUCAGGAUAUGUUCUGGCUGCAUACAAUUACGCGUAGUUAAUAAAUGCUCUGAGAAAAGCGAGUGCUAGCACAACUGGGCAAGAGCUGUACGUACGUGUCCAAUGAAGUCGGAGAUCCGUGCCCCUCCAAGUCAGUGCAACCCGUACAUUAUACAAUUUACAUCUUCACCUAUACGUUCACCUUCUAAUAUAUAGCAAGCUCAUCAGGGGUCAAUUGUUUGUAUUACGUUCUAAUACCUUCGUGGGCAUAUGUGAUUUGGCUUUUUAGAAACAUGCAGCCCAAAUAGCGCAAACCUUUCAUAUGGGCCCGUAUGGUGUCCUUUGACCAUGUCUAGAGAGUAUGUUGUAUUCACUGUCUUAUUAUGCGCUCCUUUGAUGUCGUCUAACCCAAUUCUCAGUGAAACACAUCGGAGUGAAUUAUUUGAUACAAUAAAGCAAAUCUCGGAUGACGCCAUACGCCCAAUGAAAUUUCUGUGGCAAACGCUCAGAGUCGCGCGAGUUCUGAAUUAGUUUAUAAAUUAUCGGGACCUUGUAUAAAUGAAGCGUAUAUAAUAUUUGGAAU